UCGAUGUCGUAUAAAAACAAGUCCCUUCGAGCGACACGGCCACAUUCAGUUGAAAACAUUUCAAUAAAACACUCAAAAAGUGUGUGGGUGUGCGUGGGUGUGUGCAAUGGACAAGGAGUUAAAUACCAAAUCCCUCUUCAGGACACAUUUCAAGUGUUGGCGCAUAUUGGGAAUGAUGCCUUCGAAGAAAUAUCGUCUCCUCUAUUGGAUAUAUUCCUUAAUCGUCAACCUCUUGGUCACCAUUGGAUUUCCAUUGCAUUUGAUUUUGGGUUUAUUUCAAAGUACCUCACUGUAUGAAGUUAUCCAGAAUUUGGCCAUCACCUUAACCUCAACGGUAUGUUCGAUGAAAACUUUUGCCAUUUGGUGGAGAUUCAAGGACAUUGAACGAAUGUUUGAUAUUAUCCGGAAGCAGGAUGAACAUACGCGACAUGGUGAACAACUGGAAUAUAUGAAGCGGAAAGUAUAUCCUCCAAUAAGAUCGCUUAUUAACUUAUUUUACAUUCUAUGCAGCAUGGUGGCCCUAUCGGCGGAGUCGUCACUGAUUUUCAAUGGUUUACGUGGAUCUUGGGCGCUAAUGUAUCAAGCCUAUUUUCCCUUUGAUCCUUUCGGAUCAUCGGGGAAUUACGUUGUGGCUCAUAUUUAUCAAUUUAUUGGCAUAAUUUAUACGGUCACCCAAAAUUUGGUCAAUGACACCUUUGCCGGUGCCCAUCUGUCGUUGUUAGGUGGCCAGGUACGUCUGCUGGGUAUGCGUGUGGCCGAGAUUGGCCAUGAUCCCAAAAAAUCGUUGGCUGAAAAUAACAAGGCAUUGCUAGACUGCAUUCAUGAUCAUUUGGAUUUGUUGGAAUAUCGUCGCAAAGUCGAAGAUGUCAUUUCCCUGUACAUGUUCUUUCAGAUACUAUUCUCCAGUAUGAAUAUGUGCGUGGUGUUGGUUUUUAUGUUACUCUUCGUGAAGGACACCUUUACAAUGUCGUAUUAUUUAUUCUAUUUCGUUGGCAUGAUAUUUGAGGUGUUACCCAGCUGUUAUUUCGGCACCAUAUUGGAGGAUGAAUUUCAAGAGUUGAGCUACACGUUAUUCAAAUGCAACUGGGCCGAUCAAAAUGUGGUGUUUAAGAAAAAUCUACGCAUUUUCGUGGAGCAGGCCUCACGGCGAAUUCAUGUCACCGCUUGGCUAUUUCGCAUAAAUAAUAACUCCUUUGUGACAGCUGUCAAGGGAUCAUAUUCGAUAUUUUCACUCAUUAUGAAUACGCGUUGAGAAUCUUAAAUAUGUCGCCGGAAAAUAUGCUAGCAAAAUUUGAGUUUUUAAAGCAAAGCGUCUUUACGAGAGCAUUGUCUAAAUCUAUUAUUAGAUAACAUGAUUUUGUAGUCCUUUGAGUUUAUUAUGAACGAAAUUUACGAUGUGUAUU